AUGGCAUCACAGUGGCUCUGGGUGGCCGGUCUCUUCUUCCUAGCUGUCAGCUUGGUCGCCACUUUAUUUGAGUCAGGGCGGAGGAGAUUAAAGAGCGUUGUGAGAUCAUGCGAUGCUUCGAUCUCUGCCUUGAGGAAGUGUUUGGUCAAGCAGUGCAAAUCAUGGAUGUCAAUCCGGGCCGAAGUGCGAAAACCUUCACCGGCUUCGAAGGUUCAAUUUGUUGCUGUGUGGUCCUUUGGGAAGGGCUUUUAUGCCGUCGAGGUGGCAGUGUACAUCGCUUACGGUGCUUGGACUACAUGGGACAUCGCAAACUUGAGAAGGAGCAAUCAGACCCUGCUAUUGACAUCUGAGAACCAAUGGGGGCUUGGGCAGAUCCUGCCACUGAUCCUCCUUGCGACUUUGGGCUUCAGUCUUGUCGAUUCGGCGAAGGAAGCCUUGGAGGAGGAAAAGGAGAACAAUGAUGAGGAGGAACAUGAGCUGCAAGACCCAUAA